CAGUAUUGAACAAAACACUCAAUCGGGCGGGCACCGGCCGAUGGAUCGGAGCAAAUGUGACCAAGGCAUGACCCAGGCAUCAUAUCGUAUUACCUUGACCUAAUUAUAAAUAUGCGUGUUUUUUCAUGUGAGUAGAUCUCUGACCUUGAAUGUUGAAUCUAUGUAAAUUCUUCCUGAAGUGCAUGGGAUAAAUGUUUUUGAAAAUGUCAUCGAUAAAAUCAACUACGAGAUAUGUUGUUGCAAUUAUCAUCGUUCUGAUAUCGACAUUAGGAAAUGCACGAGAGACUGAAGACGAUUUGGAGCAAACGAUUAGAACGUCCAUUGUAGAUUACAUUAACUCUAAAACAGAUAGAUUUGGGAACCAUUUCCUCAUAGCAGGAUUUGUUUCACUGGUCUUCCAUGACUGUGUAGGAGGCUGCGAUGGCUGUAUAAACGAUAUACACCCGCAAAAUGCACCGGUAUUACGUUACAUUAAUGAAGCAGAGGCCGUAUACAUUAACUAUUCCCCAUCCCUAUCCAGGGCUGAUUUUUGGGCGCUGGCUGGCAUCGUGGCUACGGAUAUGGCUCUUGGCUACAACAACGGCAGCAAUGUGACUCAACUUGUGUACAGACCAGGCAGAGUCGACUGUCCAACUUCCCCAUAUACAAAGAAAUUCAACAAAUUUCCGACUAAUGGGGGCCAUGGUGACUUUAAUGAUAUGUUGGAUUUCUUACAGCGGCAAUUCAAUUACAGCGACAGACAAGUCGUCGCAAUCAUGGGUGCGCACAACCUGGGACGUAUGAGCCGUGAACACUCAGGGUUUAUUGGUCCAUGGACGCCUUGUCCUGAUGUUCUGGACAAUGAAUAUUAUAUCUAUUUGGUGCAAAACGAUUGGGUGCAGGUAAACACAGUUGUUAAAACAACCGGGCACAGAGAUAUUCAUGACAGGUUCCAGUGGAGUGACCGUUCACAUGUUCCCGAUGCGUUCGACCACAAUGUAGAAAAAUACCUCAACGUUGAUAUAGCAAUAUAUCGUAAUAUAUCCACGACAAGCAAUGGAAAGGUAGAGGUUCCACUUAACCAGACAUCAUUUUCUCGUACAAAAGCUAUCGUAGAGGAAUUUGCGGGUAACAACGACAUUUGGUUGAAGGAGUUUAUAUCUGCGUUUCAAGCAAUGAUUCAAUCAGGAUGUGAACAAAAAGGUCUUAAGCUUUCGCCAAUAGAGAAACAGUAUCCUCUUGAGCUACCAUGGUCAGAUCUCUAAUAGUACCUGAUCACAUUGAUCAGGUCUACCAAGGAAAAUUGUAUUAUUUUCCUUCAAGAUUAUGUACCAAAGCGGGAGAAAAUACAUUUAAAAAUUAAAAGAUGAUGGCAUCAUUUAAAAAAUUGAACUCAAUUGUUAAGUCAGUCUUUCCAAAAAGCACAUGUUCUGUUUGAUCCGGAUGUUCAAUUUGCAUCACACUGCCUUCUUAGCGUUUUUCUGGAACAUCUAAUUCAUUUUUGAUAAGAGCAUUAGUGGGACGGCACAUUCAAAUACCAUUUCAAUGUAUGUAACUGUAAACAAAACACAUUUUGAAUAAGUAUGCUAUUUUAUUGUCACUUGGCAUCAAUACUGGUUAGAGACCAGUUUUCACUAUAUACAAAAUGAGUUUUCAGGAGACAAUAAGUGUGUGCUACAGUUCGACAGUUUAAUUAAUUUUCUCACCAAAUUAUGCGAGAUCAAUUAAUUGAUGGCAGCUCGUAUGUCAUUGAAAUAACUAAUCAAAACAAAAGGCUUAACAGUACACAUCUUUCUUCAUAGAACCAAUCUGAAUAUAUGCCUUGUAAGGAACGCUUAUUUAUCACCUAAUUGAAUGAAGUCUGUUCUCGCUAAUUUUCUUUUCAUCCGAUCACACUUUGUCAAUGUUGCUCAUUAAGUCUCAAACAGAUCAAGAGCUUAAAAAGCUUAGCCUUGUGUUCCUUUAGAUGUUUUUCUUAAAGUUGAAACAUCGUUACCUGUACUAAUAUGGAGUAGUGCACUACAUACAUAGUUGCAUUACACGUGGGUCGUGUUGAUGCUAUCGGAUAAUAUCAUUUUUAUUAUAUCACUGUCAUAUUCCUCACUCACCGAUUGGUCCAUGUCCUACACGUGACUAAAAAUAGAUAGCGAUAUUCAAUGGAAGUCACUGG